AUUUGCGUGUCUUGUAACUUAUUCCAGUGCUGGUUCUUUUUUUUGUUCAGACGUUGAGAAAAGAUAGUGUAACAAUAAUAAUAAUAAUAAAGAUGUGAAAGAAAAACUUAAACACAGAUUAUACAAAUGAAUUCUUCUACCAUAUCAAAACAUACCUUUUGAAAGAUAUGGGCCAUCGUUUGCUCCACUGGGGCCCUAUCGUUGCGCUGACGAUCAUAAUUGUUUUGUAUUUGUUUUCACUACUGACCGUGUUCGUUUGGUUUCCGCCUGAUAAUGCAGUUGGGAUUUUUAACCUGAUAUUAUUGUGCGUAUGGCUUUAUUUGAUUUUGAAAAACUUCUUGAAAGCAGCGUUUCUUGGUCCUGGUCACCUUCCGUAUCAAUGGAAACCGGAGAAUGCAGAAGAUGUAGAAUUUCUUCAAUAUUGUAAACCUUGUCAAGGCUACAAGGCUCCUCGUGCUCAUCACUGCAAAAAGUGUAAAAGCUGUAUCAUGAAAAUGGAUCAUCAUUGUCCAUGGAUAAACAACUGUGUUGGCCAUUACAACCACAAAAGUUUCACAUUGUUUUUAUUUUUUGUUGUACUUGGUUGUUUCCAUGCUGCUAUGAUGAUGUUGUUCUGUGUCAUUGAUCAUUUAAUUUGGAUACGAGGUCGUUUGCUGUUGGAAGUGAAUCCUUCUGCUAACAUUCCAAUGAGCCAUUUCAUUAUGUUUUGUUUAUUCUUUGGUAUCGGUCUGUCCCUCGGAGUGACUAUAGCUGUUGCUAUCCUCCUGUUCUAUCAGGCUCGAAAUAUAUUUCGAAAUGAAACAGGCAUUGAAUCUUGGAUAGUUGAAAAGGCGACAGCUAGAAACCGUUAUGAUGGAGAAGUGUUUGUUUACCCGUACGAUCUUGGUCUCACAGAAAACAUCUCGCAGGUUCUAACUUGGUCACAUGACUAUGUUGGAGAUGGAAUCACGUGGCCAGUAUUUGAAGGGUGCGGGAAGUACGAUUUAACUGUAGAACAGUUGGAACAAAAGGAUAUUAAAAGGGAUAGAACUAUCAUUUAUAAAGUAAUAAAGCCAUACACUGGGACCUGGUUUCCAUUAAAAUUUGGUUUUCGAGUUUUUUGUGACAUACCGUGUUCGGACGAAGUUCGUGUUCCGAUCGAAGUGGGGAAUGUGUUUCAUGCAACACGUUUCAAAAAAUAUUGGGUAUAUGGUGAAAAACAAGAGGAUUUUCAGAAAACGAAAAACAAAACCUUUACUCUUGGUCAAGAACAUCGACUAAAAGGAUGGAUUCCGAGAUGUUGUGUAGAAGAACUCGUGGAAGAUGGUAUCACAUUGAUCAAAAAAACGAGUUGAAGCCACGCAUGCGUAGAAUAUUCUGACACUGAUAUUUUUUUGAAUUUUUUAUCCUAGGCGAAUUUUUUAUAGCUAUAUAUCUUGUAUUUAAUUGAAGUAUUGUUAACAUCAUGUACUGUU